UGAGGUAGAGUUUUCACAAGCGAGGUGCUCGCGCACUCUGCGAGGUAUAGAGUCAUAACCUUUCUACACCCAACUUGCUCAAUCCCUCCCCAAGCUUGAUCCAACUCUCUUCCCAACAGGCCCAGCGCGGCAAUCGCGGCCGAAUCGUGACUCCAGUCAAACCAAGCCAGUGUAUUCGCGUCCACACGACCCAGCAGACAAGUUGUUCCGAUGAGCGGACGUCCCGAAGGACUGGCGAACGCGUCGGUCUUGGCCGAGUACAGCAAUCCAAACGACGGCCGAAGAUUGGUGUACUAUAUUGUCCACGGGACGACCUACGCCGAGGAUCGGAUCUUCAAGUAUCUCGAAUAUGUUCCACAGGAUCCGGGAGGACCUAUCUUCUAUAAGGAAUUACCGGCCAACUGGAUCAACCGUUUUCAUCAGUACCAGCAGGAAACCCACCAGUCAGGAGCCAACGGACGCACAUCAGAGGCUCCGAAAGAUGUCGACCACGAAGAGCAGAAGGCCUUUGAUGCACUCUAUCAGAGCCGAGGGAAAGGGAAGAAGAGUCGUGGACCACGGCGUGAUGGGUCUAGGCCCUCUGCGCUCAGGCACAAGAUCGAGGAGGUAGAAGUGGAGGCAGAUGAGGAACCAUCUGAAUCCAGCGAAAAUAUGGCGGCAGUGCCUCCUUCAAAGCCCAACGACGACCAUGACGAUUCAGACACGACCAUGUUGGGAGUCGAGUCGGACACCAAGGAUGACGAGAAGCAUGAAUUGGGCCCAUUGCUACGUCUACCAGCAACCAUCCGCUCUCGCAUUCUGGCAGAUGUACUGCGUUACCGGAUGGUUGGGCCUCCGCUGGCGCUCCAUGACAUUGCUAGUCUCCCAGCGGUGUUCCACACGUGCAGGCAGUUGCGUCUCGAAUCAUGGAAGUUGUGGGUCCGAUAUCCGUUGCACAUUCUGUCGCCAUUGCCGCGGGAUGUGAACCGAACUACUAGGGCACAGCUGGCCGGUAUUGAAGCGAUCUACGGCAGUGAAAUCCCUAGGCUUACGUUGUAUGCCCGUGUUAUAAACCAGAUCACAGCGAAUUCCAUCGAGCAGCUUGUGCGUAAGCUGGCAAAUGAACCUGGUCUUGGACCAGAAAGCCGCGUCCUAUAUCCUGAGGCUGAUGAGACAGGAUCUCAACGCCUCAGUAUAUAUGCCCCAAAUGUGCUGGUACGGAAGAUGAGGGAUUCGCCUGAGCGGUUUGCGCUGGGAAGCCGAUAUUGCUUAUCAUACGCUCCCACUAACCACUUGAAUAUCUUCGGAUGGAUGCGCUACGCCGAGCUCACGGUAUCCCACCUGACGAUCCAGCUGCAAGGUGCCGCGAUGUGGAAUGACGCUGCCACAGGAGACAUCAGCGCAAAUGGGGGUCUUGCAAUCAUCGCCGCGAUUGCUUCCAUAAUCGCGUUCAAGCCAAAGGGAAUCGAGACAAUAACCCUGAGAGGUCUGACCGGCUUUUGUGACGUGGUCCAUGACAUGUGGCACAGUAUUCCAGACCGGACACCUCUUGUUGGUGGAAGGAAUAAGCUCCUCGAUGGGCUUGUCAAGUAUCCGUUUGCAGACUAUUACUGCGACAUCAAAGAGGUAGUCCCUGAUGGCGACGGAGGGCUGACGAAGAGGCCGAGAUGGGGCAAUAUGUUCGGACUAAUGUCUGAGUUCCAAUGGCAGAGCAUGAUAUUAAUGACUCGGUACGGCAAGCACUAUCCAUCCUGGGAGUUUGUAGCGUGAGAAGAUGGAAAGGAGGGAACGGCAGGGCAGGAUUUUGUAGGUAUCGGAAUCUGCGGAUAUUCGUCCAUAGUACGCUCUAUGAUAAUCCAAACGAGCCUGAAGGACUGAGUAUACGUUACAAUACAAAGGAGGUUCGGAACAUAAUGAGGGUGAGGUUCAGAUGAG